AUGUCAGCAGCAGAAUACUACGGAGGUGACUCUAAACAAACAUACAACCGUCCUAGUGGUCCUCCACCACCAGGCGCAGCUAGCGGUGCAGGAGCUGGAGACCAUGACAAGGGGUUCUUUAAUGCUCCAAAUGCUGGGUACCAGCAGCAGGCUCCACCUCAGUACCACUACCAGAACCCACCACAACAACAGCAGUACUACCAGCAAGGCCAACAACAGCAGGGCUAUUAUGGGCAACAGCAGCAGCAGCCCAUUUACGUGCAGCAGCCAGCCCCUACGAACAACAACGGUGAUUGUUUGACGGCGUGCUUGGCGGGUAUGUGUUUGUGCUGUACUCUGGACAUGUUGUUCUGA